GGGCAGGGUAAAAGCGCGCGCGGGCUGGAUGGUUCAGUCUGAGCGUCCUGGCUUGGGCUAGAAGCGCGUGUGGAGGAGGAGCCGGUGGCCACCUUCGGGUGUUUCAGGAGCGCGUAGCUGCUGUUCCUCUAGCGGAAUGGAGCGGACUGCCUUAGCUGUCUGCGAGAUUUUGAGAUAUUUAAUAAUUCACUGGAGAUGUGAAACAGAAACAUCAAACGGAGCUCUCCUAGAAGGGCAGCUAGUCAUUUCCAUAGAAGCAUUAAAUUCUAAGCACCAGCCAAAUGCUCUUCAUUGUGUAACAACUAUUGCUUCUGUAAGAAGCAUUUGUGGUGGCUUGGUCCUCAAGAAGUUCCUGAAAGAAAUACAGUCUAUACUGCGGGGAUUCUCUGCAAAGCUGAUUUGUACUUCAGAGGAAAACAGCUGUUUUCCGGGCACAUCAGGAGUAACACCCUUCCAGAUCACUUUUGAGAUUAAUGAAAAGCCCAGAGGUUUGAUGAUAGAUUGCCUGGUUAUUAAGCAAUUUUUACAUAAAAUCAUCAUAGUACACCAUAAGAUCAGGUUUACUCUCAGUGUUAAGGUAAAUGGAUUCCUUUCCACAGAGAUCUUUGGGAUGGAAAAUGAACCCACUUUGAACCUGUCGAAUGGAAUUACUAUUGUCGUAAACUGUCAGCAUUAUGUGAGUAGACUAAAAUUCAGUACAGCUGAAUCACACUGCAGCAGAAUCCACCCUGUGCUAGGACAUCCAGUAACGCUUUUAAUUCCUGAAGAUGUGGCUGGCAUGGACUUAUUGGGAAACUUGAUAAUGACUCCAGCUGCUGCUCUGUGCCCCAGCCCAAAGGUCUUUUCCAGCCAGCUGAGCAGGAUUUCAUCUGUUUCCAUAUUUCUAUAUGGACCUUCAGGUCUGCCUCUUAUAUUGUCAAAUGAGGACCAGCUAAGUACCACUGUCUUCAAGGAUACCUUUUAUUUCAUUGACUGGAAGAAAUAUCACUUGUGUGUGGUGCCCAAUCUGGAUCUCAAUUUGGAUAAAGAUUUGGUGCUUCCAGAUGUGAGUUAUCAGGUGGAAUCCAGUGAGAGGGGUCAGUCUCAGAUUAUGCAUCUUCAGGGACAAACUCUGCUGCUUUUCCUCUUUGUGGAUUUCCAUAGUGGAUUUCCAGUCCAGCAAAUGGAGAUUUGGGGAGUCCAUACUUUGCUCACAGCUCAUCUCAGUGCCAUCCUCACGGAGAGCCACACUGUGAUACAAGAUUCAAUUCACUUCACUCUGGACCAGAUUUUGGAGGAGCGUGACCAGGCUGCCAAGGCUCAUCAGAAAUUGCAGGCCUCACUCUCAGUGGCUGUGAGUUCCAUCAUGAGUGUGGUGACUGGAAGCACAAGUGGCAGCUUCCGAAAGACAUGCCUCCAGGCCCUUCAGGCAGCUGAUACACAGGAGUUUGGGACCAAACUGCACAAAAUAUUUUGUGAUAUCACCCAGCACCGAUUUCUUCACCAUUGCUCAAGUAAUAUGAAACAACAGCUGAUUCCAGAGAAAAACAAUUCAGCCCAGAGCACGGAGGAUGCACAUGAGAGCGGCAGCCCAGAGCUUCUUGCAGAAAUCAGCAGGCAAGCACAACGCAAGAGGCCCAAAAGCGACAGCUUCUGCCAUGGCCAGGAGGAGACGCUAGCUUUCAUGACCUCACAUCGCGCGGAGCCCCACGACGCUUCUCUCACCCCGAGGGAAGAGGAGGCCCGCACAGUCCACGACAGGGCCCCAGCCCCAGAGAGGGCAAGCUCGGGCAGCGGCUUGGAGGAUGCACUGUGGCUGCAGGAAGUCUCGAAUCUGUCCGAGUGGCUGAGUCCUGGCUCUGGGUCAUAAACUGUGCCACUCCUAAAACUCUGGGGGAUCGAGAAGCUGGAGGGGGCAGCGUGACAGCUGGUUUAAUAAAGUUGCUCCACACGCAUGCGCCGAGUCUGCUCCAGUACCUGGGCGGGGGU